CACACACUUGUAUAUGGUGUCGCCAGAUGCAUUGGCUAUUGGCGUGUGACAAAUGCUUCUUUGAGUCCUCCGCCACCGAAAACGCAGAGUUAUUGGCACUAACUACCAGGAUGAUCGUGAUCUAUUUUCUUGUGCCUACUAAAACCCCUCCCUCGACGAUAUUUGAGCCUUUUCCUUCAUGUGGACUCUCUCGUACCAAAGAAUCAAACUUUUGAGGUUCAAUAAUCGGCCCCCAGAUCUACUCCCAACAGGCAUCUCUCUCAACAAUCUCUGCAUUAACGUCAUGAACAUGAAGCCUGUCUUUCGUGUUUUACAGCGGCUCUGGGCCAAAACAAAACCAAGCGCAGAGAGGAAAGAGAAAAGCUCGCAGUCAAUACCAGAAGGCUUCUCCUUCCUAGCCAACAAAAGAGUUUCGCCUGACAACUGAAGACAAUUGAUCAAGAUGGCGGACAACGAGCUUCGACGCAGUUCGGAUCGGACUCUCCUCAAUGCUCCGGCCUGUGGCGGUUUCGACGGACAGUCCCCACCUUAUGAACAGAAGGAGACCGACCGUCGACAACAUAACGACGAGGAGCAAUGCACGCCUGGGAACCAUCCUCUUCCUGUCGGUCUCCUCCACCCGUCUCUGCGACCCGUGUGGAAACAAGUGACCAAGAAAUGGCUAUGCACAAUCAUUAUCAUCAUGUGCUUCAUCUUGAGCGUCCUGUCCCUAUACUGGGCAGUGCUCUUCCAUGCAGGCAAGAAUCUCACGGCCAUCACAGUAGCCGUGGUCGACUUUGACAGUGCUAUAGCUCCUUAUGAGUCGACCACGCCUCUCGUCGGACCCUUUAUCGAACGACUGGCUCGUACUCAAACAUUCAGAAACGGCUCACUAGGGUACAUCAUCCAGCCUCCAUCACAGUACAACAAUGAUCCCCUUGCUGUUCGCCAGGCAGUAUACGAAGAGCACAUCUGGGCUGCAAUUAUCGUCAAUGCCAAUGCAACUAGUCUUCUCCAGCAAGCGGUUGCAGUGGGAAAUGAAUCCUACGACCCUCUUGGCGCAGGCCACAUCAUCGUCAACUCCGCCCGAGACCAGAACACAUAUUCCGACUACAUCAUGCCUGUACUCUCUCAGUUUCGAAUCUCUGCAACAUCGAUAUUUGCCGAACAAUGGAUUCCCAGCGUCCUCAGCAACUCCAGUCUCUCCUCGGCAACCUAUUCGCGCUGUCCGCAGGCGCUGAAUCCGGCCGUUGGCUUUUCCACAGUCGAUCUACGUCCCUUCUAUCCGUACCAAAUUACGCCGACCAUUACGAUCGGCUUGAUCUAUCUCAUCAUCAUGGCCCUUUUCAGCUUCUCCUUCUUCCUACCGGUUUACGCGGAAUUUCUGAUCUCUCGAGGCCACCCGCCCAUUCAUUUUUGGCAACUGAUAUUGAUCCGCUUAUUCGCCACGACGUGUGCCUACUUCUUUAUGUCUCUUUGCUACUCCCUUGUGAGCUUGGCUUUCCAAAUCCCAUUCUCUGACACGUCACCACACGUCAGUACGGAAACGGCCAUCAACCACAAUGCAUACGGCAAAGGCACGUUUGUGGUGUAUUGGAUGUUGAAUUGGGUCGGUAUGUACGCUUUAGGUCUGGCGAGUGAGAAUGUGACUAUGGUUGUUGGUCAACCCUGGACAGCAUUUUGGCUGAUAUUCUGGGUAAUAUCCAACGUCGCAACAUCCAUCUACACCAUCUCUCUGGCGCCCAGCUUCUUCCGCUUCGGCUACGCCUGGCCUCUCUAUCACAUUGUCAAAGCCACUCGGACCCUCCUGUUUGACACACACAGUCACAUCGGCCUCAACUUUGGUGUGUUGUUCGCAUGGUGCGCCGUCAAUACAAUCUUGUACCCGUUCUGCUGUGUCUUUAUGCGAUGGAAGUCUGACAAGAAACUCGCACGCAAAGUACCACAAAAGACGAUCAAGUAUCUUAUUGAUGGUUAGCCUGGGGUUAGGAGGGCCAGACAUGAAGGUUUGGGUUGUACAAAAACCGGCGCUGGUCAUGGUAUAGGGAAUGCUACAUUUGAUUUUGAGAGACCAGAAAAGUUAUACACUGCAAUGAUAUAGAAGGUGGGUGAUUGAUUGUAUAGAUGAUAUAAUGAUGAUAA